AUGCCGCACUUGCAAGUCUCCAUCUUUCCUUCACACUCUCGCCUCCCGCUCUCCAGCGAGAUGUGGCGGCUGCCGCUCCUGCUCUUGCGACUUGGAUUUCCGCUCAUUACGGCCGCCCUGACGAACAUCACAAUCGACGACGGAAACCUCGACUACUUCUCUUGGUUUGAAGACCCGGCUAUCUCCCCCGCUCCGCUCCACCCAUGGGCAGCCAGCUCACCUGGAAAUCGAUGUGACUACUGCUCCGCCCAACCUCCAGCCACCGAUAUCUUCAAUCAGACGUGGCAUGAUGGGUCGAACAACAGUGCAGGCUCGCUCACAUUCCAAGGCUCUGCUGUCUACAUCUAUGGCAUUGACCUUGCGAAUCCCGCCAACGUAUCGUUCUCGUUCGACGGACAACCAGCAGGGUUCCAUCUUUACACUGGGGCAGAGGGAUUUGUUUUCAAAUCGCUCUUCUUUUCGCGGUCGGGUCUGUCUUCCAGCGGAAACCAUACUGUUGAGUGGGUGCUUCGCACCAGCAAAACCAAUGGUACAACCGCGUUGUUUGACUAUGCCAUGAUUACCGUGGAUGCUGCCACUUCCUCGUCAAACACUCCUCCAGGGUCAACCUCUUCACCAUCUUCUAAGAAGUCGUCCAACACCGGAGCAAUAGCCGGUGGUGUAAUCGGUGGACUCGUGGGGCCAGAUUAUCGAGAGAAGCCGAGAUCAAGGAAUGAACGCACUACGUCAAGACACAUCGAGCCGUUCAACAAUCAUGCUGAACCCGCCGAAUCGGUGGCCACAAGUAGUCCUCAAGAAAGCAAGACAUACGACGUAGCGUGGGCAACUCCUGCGCUCUCUGCCCCGUCACUUCCCGCGACAACUGCCGCCAUAGACGUUGCCUCGGCCUCGAUCCAGGCAACCGACUCCGCAUCAACGGUGACAACCACCACUCGUGAACGCCAGCUUGAAGCACGACUAGCUGCCCUGGAGGCACAAGUUCUGCAGGCCGAACCACCGCCGUAUAUUCCUUCAUCUAGGGAGGAAGCGGACCGAUAG